AUUCCUGACAGAAAACACCAUGAGGGGACUCGUGGUUCUGGCGCUUGUUGUGCUGCUGCACCAAGGAGAGGCAGUGAGCAACAAGAAACUUCUUGAGAAACUGCCUGAGAACGUCCGUGGGAAGGACUCUGGCGAGGCUGACAACAUCGCACGUUCAAGCGAAUCGGGGAACUGGGGAAAUUGGUGGCAGUCACUGUCACAAUCAUCAUCAUCAUGUCAGGCAUCCUGCCAGACCCUGGAGGACAUGCAGUCCUACAUGACCAAUGACUUGCAGGCCCAGACAGACCAGACCACCACAAUUCAGGCUCUCCAGGCAACAGCCAGCAGUCAGGACAGCAUCAUCCAGCAGCAGGCUGCAGCUUUACAGCAGCUGGAGGGAACUCUGCAGCAACAGGCCACCCUGAUUCAACAACAGGCCAGCAGCCUGCAGCAACAGCACGGCACCAGCCAACAACAAGCUAGCUCAUUGCAGCAACUGGAGACCACCAUACAACAACAUGAAACCACCAUCCAGGCACAGGCCACCAGCCUGCAGCAACUGGAAGCCACCAACCAGCAACAAGCCACCAGCCUGCAGCAACUCGAAGCCACCAACCAACAACAAGCCACCAGCCUGCAGCAACUGGAAUCCACCAAUCAACAACAAGCCACCAGCCUGCAGCAACUGGAAGCUACCAACCAGCAACAGGCCACGCUGAUUCAGCAACAGGCCACAUACCUGCAGCAACUGGAAGCCACGAUCGAGCGGCAUGAAAAAAAUGAAGAACUACUGGCAGGAGAAUUGCAGCAACUUCAAGCAACUGUCCAUCAACAGGGAAGUGACCUACAGCAACACGUUCAGCAACUGGCCCUCAGCCUGCAGCAGCAAGAUACUGCUGACCAGCAACAAGCCAGCACAUUGCAGCAGCUGGAGACCACUCUACAGCAACAUGAAACCACCAUCCAGGCACAAGUAACAGGCCUGCAGCAACUGGAAGGAACUGUGCAGCAACAAGCCACUAGCCUGCAGCAACAUGAAUCCAACAUCCAGGCACAAGCCACCAACCUGCAGCAGUUAGAAGGAACAGUUCAGCAACAAGCCACCAGCCUGCAGCUGCAGGAAACUGCUGACCAGCAGCUGGCAACCAACCUGCAGCAACUAGAGGGGACUGUGCAGCAACAAGCCACCAGCCUGCAGCAACAGGAAGCUGCUGACCAGCAGCUGGCAACCAACUUGCAGCAGUUGGAGGGAACUGUGCAGCAACAAGCCACCAGCCUGCAGCAACAAGUCAUGACGUAUGGACAACAAGCAACCAGCUUACAGCAACAGGCUGCCAUCAUCCAGGAACAAGCCAGCAACAUCCAGCAACUGGAAGAUAUACUGAAUGCUCCCCGUGACUGCCUGGACCUGUUCAACACCGGCCACAACACCAGUGAUGUCUACACCAUCUACCCAGGGGGGAAGGAUCCCAUCCAUGUGUACUGUGACAUGGACACAGACGGGGGAGGAUGGACGGUCUUCCAAAGACGACAUGAUGGUUCAGUAAGCUUCUCCUUGGACUGGCAGGCCUACAAGACGGGCUUUGGAGACAUCAAGUCAGAGUUCUGGUUAGGCAAUGACCAUCUGGCAGAACUGACUGCCCAGGACGUGUAUGAACUGAGGGUGGACCUGGAAGACUUUGAGGGAAACUCAGCCUACGCCAAAUACAGCACCUUCAGGGUUGCAGAUGAAGUGGAGGAUUACAAACUGACUGUAGAUGGAUACUCUGGAACUGCAGGGGACGACAUGACAUGGAGUUCCACCGCAUCCUUCUCCACCAAGGAUGCGAGUAACUAUGUCCACCAUGGCAACUGUGACCUUGGCAACAAGGGCGGCUGGUGGUACAGCAGUUGCCGUGAUCCCAACCUGAACGGCCAGUACCUGGUUGGGCCACAUCAGUCUAAUGGGGACGGGGUGAACUGGAACCAGUGGAGGGGAGACCGCUACUCUCUCAAACACACUGAGAUGAAGAUCAGGCCUACCUAAACUCCAGCUCUAUGAAUGCUCAUGGCCAUACUAACAUUAAAGUUAGUCAAGACAACCUG